CCCUAUUUAGUUACAAAGAACGUUAUAAACUUUAUAUCGCUAUUUGUAACUAAAUAGGGUUUAUAUCGUUGAAGUCAGAAGAAGCGCUCCAUUUCGGACAGCUUAUCUUCAGCCUCACAAUAACCCCGAACUGUAUUUGAAAGCCAACAAUAACGAGGCUGGCGACUAUAAGCCGCUGUAUCGGUCCGGGUUUGCUCUGAUAUAACGAUACUAACGUCAUUAACGUUUCUCAUGCGAUACCGCGGUCUGUUGUGAGAGCGUCACGUGACCUCCAGGCCCGCCGUGUUUCAGAGCGAGAAGAAAGAUGGCGUCACGUGACCGUCGGGCCCGCCGUGUUUCAGAGCGAGAAGAAAGAUGGCGUCAGAGCGACCUGAGCGGGACGCCGGCCAUUCGCUUUAAGCUUUCCGCAUCAAAUUGGGACCGGGGCUUUGGUGGGUCUUUUUCAGACCGUGACAGGAGAGGGUCUUUUUCCUUCGGAUAGUCUUUUUCUUCGGUUCGGUUGAGCUACUUCACCACCGAGAUUGAAGCGGAAAAGAAGACACUGUUUCCUACAAUGAGGGGGAGAAGAGGAAGGCCGCCCAAACAGGCGGGGAUGCGGGAGGGAUCGCCCGGGCCAGUGCGCGGCUCUAGAGGCAGCAGGAGUAGGGGUCUGCGGGGCCGGGGCAGGGGCAGGGGACGCGGCCGGGGUCGGGGUGCAGGUGUUGUUGGUGGUUGUGUUGAAGUGGAUGCAGAGAUGCUUGGAAGGGAGAACUUUAACUCUUCUCGGGGGCGCAGGAAACUUGGAGCCGCUGCGGCGCCGUCGCGGGGUCGAGGCGGUCGAGGAAGAGGAAGGGGCGCCCGGGGCAGAGGCGGCGUGAGGCGGCCUCAGACCAAGGUGGUCUACGAUGACAACAGCGAUGAGGAGGACGAUAAUAUCAGUUACCGGUCGGAAGAAGACGAGCUCUUAAACGAAAACCGCUCGUCGGGUCUGGAAGAGGAGGCCCUGGGAAACGACUCGGACUACCUGGAGGAGUUACCGGAGGAAGAUGACGCCAGCUACGGCACGGAGAGCAGCUUCAGGAGCCACAGUACGCACGGCAGUACUCCAGGUCGGAGAAGGAGCCGGGCACCGCGUCCCCGCUCCCCCAUCCUGGAGGCCAAGGACGUGCCCCCCCUGGAGCUACCCAAGUCCUCGGAGGACCUCCUCAUCCCGGCUGCGCGCCUCCUGGACGUUGCUGCCGUCUACGAGGUGCUGCGCCACUUUGGCUCGGUGCUGCGCCUCUCGCCCUUCCGCUUCGAGGACUUUGCGGCGGCGCUGGCGGGACAGGAGCAGUGCAUGCUGCUGGCGGAGACGCACUCCUCGCUGCUGAAGGCUAUCCUGCGCGAGGAGGACACUUCCAGCACCACCUUCGGGCCCGCCGACCUCAAGGACUCUGUGCACUCCACACUGUACUUCGUGGACGGCAUGACGUGGCCCGAGGUGGUGCGGGCAUACUGCGAGAGCGACGGGGAGUACCGCCACGUGCUGCCCUGCCAGGAGAGCGAGGAGUACCCAUACGAGCCGCUAGAGAGCAAGGUGCAGGUGCUGCAGUUCCUGGUGGACCAGUUCCUGGCCACCAACGUCGCGCGCGAGGAGCUGAUGUCGGAGGGUGUAGUGGCGUACGACGACCACUGCCGUGUGUGCCACCGGCUGGGCGACCUGCUGUGCUGCGAGACCUGCUCGGCCGUGUACCACCUGGAGUGCGUCAAGCCGCCGCUUCAGGAGGUGCCGGAGGACGAGUGGCAGUGCGAGGUGUGCGUGGCGCACAAGGUGGCCGGCGUGGUGGACUGCGUGCCCGAGGUGCAGAGGAAUCGGCCGUACAUCCGCCAGUUGCCCAUGGGCUUCGACCGCCACCGCCGGAAGUACUGGUUCCUUAACCGCCGCAUCGUUGUCGAGGAGGAUGGUGACAAGGAAGACAAGACGAUGUGGUACUACAGCACCAAGGUGCAGCUAGCCGAGUUGAUUGACAGCCUGGACAAGCAGUUCUGGGAGGCGGACCUGUACGCGGCACUGGAGGAGAUGCGUGAGGAGAUCCACACCCACAUGGACAUCACGGAGGACCUCACGAACAAGGCCCGCGGCAGCAACAAGUGCUUCCUGACCGCCGCCAACGAGGAAAUAGUGGAUCGUCUACGAGCGAAGCAGGAGGAAGAGCUGGAGGAGGUGAAGCGGCGAGCGACCUUGGAGGUCCAGAAGGUGCGUUUGGCACAAAAGAAGGAGGACGUGAACAUCGAGGAGGAGGAGGAACAGGCCAAGGGGGACGGGUCACAGGAGGAAGAGGUUAAAAGUCAACUUAAGCAGGAGGCCAAAGAGGAGAAGGAGGCUGAGGAUGAGGAAAUCACAGCUACAGCCACAGGUACGGGUCAGGAAGGCAGCAGCUUCCCCAGCAGCAGUAGCAUCACAGAGGAACCCAAGCCCUCCACAGGCGAUCCAGUACCAGCUGUUCCCAGUGCUGAGAGCUCAUGCCUGGCCUUGGGGCCACCUAAGGCCCCUGCCUCCACUGGAGAGUGUCGGGGAGAGGGAGCUUCCACUAUGCAGGUCACUGACAAAGGCCAAGACACCACUGACUCGGGCCCCCUGCCCAGCCAAGAGGGCAUGCCCGGUCUGAGCCAGUCCGCCCAGCCCAGCGAGGACAGCGGGCCCAGUACCGGGGUCCCCAGCUCCAGGCCAGAAACCCCCGACCUGGCCGACAAAUCCUCCCAGUCGUCGCUGGCCAGCAUGGAGGACUCGGGGGACAACAAGGACCAGGCUAAUGGAGAGGGGCCCGGUUCCGGGGCCAAGCGGUCUGGGGCCACUCGCAUGGUAACCAGGCUCAGGAACCCAGAGAGCAAACUGAGCCAGCUGAAAAGCCAGCAGGUAGCCGCCGCCGUCCAGCACGGUUUCAGGGAGGGGAAGGAGGUGCUGGUGGUAAACGCGCAGGGAGACGUGACCCGAGUCGGCACACGCAGCUCCAAGGACGGGCUAAAGGGCGCCCUUGGGAACUUCUUCAAGCUGGGCCAGGAGGGGAAGUACCGGGUCUACCACAACCAGUACAGCACCAAUACGCUGGCCCUGAACAAGCACCAGCACCGGGAGGACCAUGACAAGCGGCGUCACCUGUCCCAUAAGUUCUGCAUGACUCCAGCGGGGGAUUUCAAGUGGAACGGCUCCAUCCACGGCUCGAAGGUGCUGACCAUCUCCACGCUGCGCCUCACCAUCGUCCAGCUGGAGAACAACGUGCCCGCCCCUUUCAUGCACCCCAACUGGGCAUCUCACAGGAUCAACUGGAUAAAGGCCGUGCAGAUGUGCAGCAAAGCCAGAGAGUUUGCUCUGGCUCUGGCCAUCCUGGAGUGUGCCAUCAAACCUGUAGCCAUGCUGCCUGUCUGGAAGGACUCCCUUGGACACACAAGACUCCACCGCAUGACGUCCAUCGAGCGCGAGGAGAAGGAGAAGCUGAAGAAGAGGGAGAGGAAGCUGGAAGAAGAGGAGACCAUGCAACAAGCAACCUGGGUCAAAUACACCUUCCCUAUCAAACACCAGGUGUGGAAGCAGAAGGGGGAAGAGUACCGGGUCACGGGGUACGGAGGCUGGAGCUGGAUCAGUAAGACCCACGUACAGCGCUUCCACCCCAAGCUGCCCGGGAACACAAACCCAAAUUACCGCAAGGAACUGGAAGAUGCCAAAUUUGGCGAGAAAUGCACUCUGCUAGACCUGGGCAGAAGGCCCGUAACAGGGACACGAGAUGAACCUCAGGAAGCUCCAGCGAACAGCAUCCAGGAGCCCUUGGCCUCCUCCAUCACCCCCGAGGAUCCAACAGAACACUGUCAGAAGGCUGAGAAGGGUAAGGAGGAGGAAGAGGAGAUGGGGAAGGAGGAGGGGAGGAAGACUGAGGAGGGGAAGGAGGAGGAGAUGGGGAUGGAGAAGAAGAAGAAGGAGAGAAAGGUAGAUGUGGAGGACAAGAUGGAGGUGGAUCCUGGAGUUGAGAGACCAGAUAAAGGGACCAGUUUGCCAGAAAUGGAGGCCAGCACAAAGCAGGAGCCCGCUGCUGUGUGUGAGCGCCCCUUCAACUACGACGUUGUUGAUGUCAGCAAGGGCUUCCUGACCCGUGUCGCCUACAAGAAGCUCAAGGCCUCAAAGCUGGACGGUCUACUAGAUCGGCGAGUCAAACAACACACACUAGAGGAGAAGCAGAGGCAACAGGUCCCGAACUCCAAACCCCCGGCAGCCUCACAGCCUUCGGAGACUCCUUCCUCAGCACCGGGCACCCUGGUCCGGACGAGGUCUCCACUAAAGCCCCUGGCUUUGGCUCUGGCCCAGGUUCAGCGCACGACCUUGGCGGAAGUCAAGACCCAGUCAUGUCCCUCUUUAGCAGGGACUCCUGGGUCAGGGACGGUGAAAGAGGAGGAGGCAGACUUGAAACCUGCACAGGAGAGUGCUUCUCAUCCCCUGGCCCUUCCUACUGCAGGCACCCCAUCUAGAGACCGUACUGGUUUGGAAUCACCUUCAUUAAAAAAACAGACACAGGAAAUGGGUCUGCAGCAAAGGACUACAGGGCCCAAGGCAGCUGUUUCUAGCAGCACAAAGCAAGAGGGUCCCUCACUGUGUGAGGAUUCAGUGGCCUCGUCUGUACAACCCACUCAGAGCUCUUCGGGGCAACCAACUGCACAACCCACUCAGAGCUCUUCGGGGCAACCAACUGCAUGCAUUCUAGCAGACAUAGGCAAGCCUCGAGGUACUGUUCAUGGCAGUCCUGAGGUCUCUGUGCCUAAAUCAUCUGAACCUGAUAAUCUUGUAACUCUGAAGGCAGAAGAAAGGUGCAAAGAGGAGCAUCAGCAGAAGAUCCAAGAGGUCAGUCAAGGCAGACCGAUGGAGGCAAACCCAGUUCCUGUUCAGAUGAACGGCAAAGACAGCCUGGAGGGGGAUGUGGAGGAGACGACUAGCCUCUGCAUCAAAGUCAACAACAGCGUGGAUAAGGUGGGGGAGGGAGAGAGUCGCCCUGCUUUGCCCAAGGCAAAGCAGCUGGUCAAUGGAGACAUGGUCUCGCUGAACGUCAAGUCGGAAGCAAUGAGAAGCGUUGAACCGCACCCGGCUCACAGCCGGAAAGAGACCGAGUGCCAGAGGGUUGCUUUGGACCAGGACCUCCAGCCUCCAGUGAAGAUCGCAAGGCUGGAGAGCAGUGUAGUGGCGCCCCCCCCCAGCAUUACCCAACAGGACAGCACCACGGAGGGCCGGAGGAAAGCAGCGGUGAGGGUCAUCCGCAUGCCUCCCUCCCCUGUCCCCUCGGCCCAGGAUCCCAGCGCGGGGGGCAGUCUCACGGAGGAGGGCGGUGAAGGCGCAGAGCAGAGGACCACGGUUUCCAUGGCAACAAAGAUCGCCAAAGUGCCGGAGAGCAGUUUUGGAAACACAGCAGCGCCCGAGAGUAGCGCAGUAGCCAACCUCACUACGAUGACCAAAUUUUACUCCCCCAGCCCCGACUGCCAAUCAGAAGACAGCCAGAGCGAAACAUUGACGCAAGAGCAAAGGACGUUGCUGUCGGCCUCCUACAGCAUGCUGAACGGAGACGGUAAUAUGGUGGCGGUGAUCCAAUCGUUCUCCACCAAGGGCUGUGUCCGCCUCCUCAAAUUCUCACGCACCAAGAAGGCCCGGUCGGACACUGCGCUGCCCUCCUACAGGAAGUUUGUUACCAAGAGCAACCGCAAGAGUAUUUUUGUGUUGCCCAGCGAUGACCUGAAGGUGCUGGCCAGACGGGGAGGUCUGCGGGAGGUGUCCAUCUUCAACUACAACGCCAAGCCGGCCCAGGACAUCUGGCCAUACCCCUCUCCAAGGCCCACCUUCGGGAUCACCUGGAGGUACCGCCUCCAGACGGUGCGCUCGCUGGCGGGGCUCAGCCUGAUGCUGAGGCUCCUCUGGGCCUGUCUGCGCUGGGACGACAUGGCCGUCAAGCCCUCCUCCGCCGUCGGGACCACCCGCACCGCCCUAUCCCCCCUCAUUGCCACAGAAACGUCGGACACGGAGAUCACCACCACAGAGAUCAUCAAGAGAAGAGACGUCGGCCCGUACGGCAUCCGCUCCGAGUACUGCAUCCGCAAGAUCAUCUGCCCCCUGGGGCUGCCCGACACGCCAAAAGAGACCCACACACCCCAGAGGAAAGGCCUGCGCUCCAGUGCCCUGCGGCCCAAGAAGCCGGAGCCUGCCAAACAGACGGGCCCCAUCGUGAUCGAGACCUGGGUGGCAGAGGAAGAGCUCGACCUCUGGGAGAUCAGAGCCUUCUCAGAGAGGGUGGAGAAAGAGAAGGCUCAGGCUGCUGAAAAUGCCAGGAAGCGUCUGGAUCAGAAGCCGGGCUCAGCGUCAGUCUCCACUCCGUCUGGCACCACGUCGGCCAGCGUCAUGGUGGGCUCGUUGGCGGGACAGGUGACCGCUGGCACCAAGGUGGUUCUCACGACCAAGAUGGGCACCCCCGUCACAUUCCAACAGAACAAGAACUUCCAGCAGUCCUUUGCCACGUGGGUCAAACAGGGCCAGACCACGCAAGGUAUGAUGCAGCAGAAGGUGCUGGGCAUCAUCCCAUCCGGCACUGCGGGUGGAGCACAGACCUAUACCACCUUCCAACCCCGCACGGCCACCCUCAACAUUAGACCCAACACCCCGGGAUCCCCUCAGCAGCAGAUGCUGCCUGCUGGAGGUCAGAUCCGGCCAGGAAUGACGGUGAUCAGAACACCCGUCCAGCAGGCGGGAGCUCUCGGCAAGACCAUCCUGCGAACCCCCCUUGUGGUUCAGCAAGGUCAUAGCGGGCAGCAGGUUGUAACCCAGAUCAUCCGUGGCCAGGCUGUCACCACAACAGUAGCCAGCCCCGCACCCACAGGCCAACGGCUAGCCGGCCCCCUGGGGCUCGGGCAGACCGCCAUCCCGCGACCUCAACAGGGCCAGUUCAAACUGACCCUCACCCAGCUGUCCCAGCUAACCCAGAAGCAGCAGGGGGUGGCGGGGGCAGAGCGUCCAGCGGUGGGGGGCAUGUCCGCGGGCGUGGCCCAGCAGGGCCUGACGGUGAUGGUGCAGGGCCAGGGCCAGACGGCGGGCCAGCUGCAGCUCAUCCCCCAGGGGGUGACUGUGAUCCCCGGGCCAGGUCAGCAGCUCAUGCAGGCGGCCCUGCCCAACGGACAAUUCCAGCGCUUCCUAUUCACCCCGGUUGCAUCCGCAGCCACGCCCACAGCUACGGUAGUCUCAGGCCUGCUCCAGACCUCCACCAAGGCCCCAGCCCAGCCCGCUCAGCAGGCGGCCGCCCCCGUGCAGGCGGGGGCAACGCCCCAGGCCGCGCCUGGCACCCCCCCUCUGGUCACGCCACAGGGACAGCUGCCCCCCCAGACCCAGGCCCACAUGCCCAUCCAGUCCCCCACGCCCCUCCAGGUGAAGGCGCAGGCGGGCCGAGCCCCUCUGCAGCCGCCCCCCCAGGUGGUGGGUGUGCCCGGGCUGCAGCCCCAGGUGGGCAACGUGGUGACCAUCCAGACGGCCUCGGUGCAGGAGCAGCUCCAGAGGAUUCAGCAGCUCAGGGAGCAACAGCAGCAGAAGAAGAAGCAGGCGGCCGAGGCCAAGCGGGAGCAGACCCCCCACACCGCCGGACACCUGCUGCAGAAACAGGUGGUGAUGAAGCAGAAUGCCGUCAUCGAACAUUUGAAGCAAAAGAAGACCAUGACACCUGCUGAGAGGGAGGAAAACCAGAGGAUGAUCACGUGCAACCAGGUAAUGAAGUACAUCCUGGACCGCAUCGACCGCGACGAGAAGCAGACUGCCAAGAGGCGCCGGAAGGAGGAGGUGGUGGAGCAGAAGAGGAGGAACGCCAAUGCCAGCAAGCUGUCCUCACUGUUGUACCGCCACAAGGAGAGCCUCAAGACGGAGAUCCUGAAAAAGAGGGCGCUGCUGGACAAGGAGUUGCAGCUGCAGGCCCAGGAGGAGCUGAAGAGGGACCUGCUGCGGAUGCGGCGGGAGAAGGAGAGAGCCCAGGCCGCCGCCCACAACACCCCACACCACCAACACGCCCCCUUCGGCAAGGGACACGCCCCCCCCGCCCAGCACCACCAUCAUCAUCAACAGCAGCACCACCCUGCCUCCGCCUCUCCGCUCAGGGCCGGCCCAGUCCCCGUCCACAAGAGGAAGAGGGAGGGCCCCGCAGGGCUGGGGGCUGCUACGGCCAGCGCCAAGGGAAAGAGGAAGAAGAUGAUAUCCACCACAAGCUCCAAGGAGAACCGCAAGGACAUCAAGCUGUACUGCGUCUGCAAGACGCCCUACGACGAGUCCAAGUUCUACAUCGGCUGCGACCUGUGCACCAACUGGUACCACGGCGAGUGUGUGGGCAUCACGGAGAAGGAGGCAAAGAAGAUGGACGACUACAUCUGCGCCGAGUGCAAGAGGGCGCAGGAGGGGAACACUGAGGAGCUGUACUGCAUCUGCCAGACACCCUACGAUGAGUCCCAGUUCUACAUCGGCUGCGACCGCUGCCAAAACUGGUACCACGGGCGAUGCGUGGGCAUCCUGCAGAGUGAGGCCACCCACAUCGACCAAUACGUGUGUCCGCAGUGCCAGUCCACGGAGGACGCCAUGACCGUGCUCACGCCGCUCACCGACAAGGACAACGAGGGCCUGAGGAGAAUCCUGCGCUCGCUGCAGGCCCAUAAAAUGGCGUGGCCCUUCCUGGAGCCCGUGGACACCAACGACGCUCCGGACUACUACCGGGUCAUCAAGGAACCCAUGGACCUCUCCACCAUGGAGGACCGGCUGCAGCGGCAAGACUACGUCAAGCUGACGGAGUUUGUUGCGGACAUGACCAAAAUCUUUGACAACUGCCGCUACUACAACCCAAGCGACUCGCCCUUCUACCAGUGUGCCGAGGUCCUGGAGAACUUCUUCGUCCAGAAGCUCAAGGGCUUCAAGGCCAGCAGAUUGUGAUGUCAUUACCUCUCGGGGCCAGGGUCGAUCUAAACAGACCAGUUAGUUUUUCCUGGACAUAGCUGUUUCUAUUGUCUUGGAAAACAGCAUUCAGUUCUCCCAAGAACCGUACAAUGAUGUAUAAAAUACUACACCAGAUGUGUCCUCCUUUUCUAUUUUAAACAAAAAUGGAACCUAAAAAAAAAGACCUUUUCCACUGUAUGUGGCAGCCAUGUUGGAGCUCAGAGACAUGGCUUUCUGCCUCCGACAUGUGACACAUGGCUGAUAUUUUUUUAGUCGGAUUGUUAAGCUUUGUUAUCUUCUGUACUGAGAUGAAUAUAAAAAUAAGUCACUGAUUAUUGAAGUUAUUGAAAUGAUACCAGAUAACUUAUAAUUUCAUUGGGCUUAUUUUAUUCCACCUAACAUUUUACCUUUACCUUAGCUUAGUCUUUUUUUAAUGAAUGCUUGUAGCGUUUAUUAGUUUCAUGUUCUACCAGUUGUUCCUGUGUCUUAUUUUAUUUUAUGUGAUAUAUCCUUUUGUGAAGGACUAUUUUUGUGUUCUAAAGGAAAUAAAUCUCUAGGACUUAUAAAAAUAGAAGAUUGCGUCUAGUUAGCACUAGUCUGAGGCAAGGGGGCAUGGUUCCAUUACUUAACCACAUUCUUUGUAAAUACACCCAGCUCACAUCUCACCAACAUGGCUGCCAUGUCCCAUCCUAAACAUGUCAUAGUUCAUUGUUUUUUGUUUUCUACACUGCUCUGCCCCAGUGCAUAUUUUUGUCAUGUUCAAGCUUUUAAUAAAAAAAAAAGUACAAAGAAUGAGCUCUAAGUGCC